CUUUUGGCUGCAUUGCGCUGCACCGCCAUCGGCGUAAAUACGCGCGCGCAACUCCCUUUGCACCCAUUCGACUGCUGUCGAUGCAGCUCGCGCGAGUCCUCUAAGUGCGAAAACGCUGCGGUGCUCUCUCUAAUGCAGUAGGAGAAUCUCGUGCCGCGCGCGUCUCGGAGAGACACCAUGGCACAAAACAAAGCCACACCGGUCCUGCUAUGCGUCGGCGUGGCAGCGUUGGCAGCGGCAGUGGCCUUGUUGCUCAACGCGGGCCCGCCGCGGGCGCGGCGGCCGCUGCUAGCUGACCUGCAGCUCCUCGACGGGACCGCCUGGCGCCUCACGGGACGUUUGCAAGUCUCGCGCAGCGAACGCGAGCUCACGGCGCAAUUCAAUGCGCCGCCGGGGACACCGCUGCGAUUGUUGAACGCCUCGGCGGCGUUCCGAGACGUCUGGCGGCGCGCGGCUGGGAGUGAGUGGCGGGAUGGCACUGCAUCGGAGAACGUCCAAGUCUCGGACGAGGUCUUCGUCACCGCCCUCGAGAGGCACCGUGACGCCGUCGAUGCGAAAUUUGCGACCGGUCUACUUGCUUGGGCGGCUUACAUCGGCGCGGCAGAAGCGUGCCGCUUGCUCAUAGAACUGGGCGCGGACGUGAGCCUAAGACCGGCUCGUAUGCUCGGCAGAAAUGCGUUGCACGUCGCAGCGAGCCGAUCCUGGCGAGGCGCCUACGACGCCAUCGCCGCGGCAGCCGACGAUUCGCUAGCGCUUGAAAGAGACCUCUUUGGCAAGACGCCAGCGGAAUACUGGGCCGCGCGCCCCAAAACCUCGACGGGUGGCGCGUGCGACAUCGAGUCUUCGACGGCGUUCACUUCCCGGGAGCUCGCAAGAGCCGUCUAUGGCGGCCGUCCGGUCGUGUGGCGCGGAGCGGCUAGUAACUGGACCGACGCGAUCGAAGCGUGGAGCCCCGAGACGUUGGCUUUGGUCGACGACGUCUUUGUGGAAGCGCACCCCAUCCCUCACGGGGAGCAGAGCUUCGGGAUAAGCGCGCCGCGACCGCCGGAGAGCCUCGGCGCGUUCGUGAGGCGGUCCUUCGGUGAUGACGUGGCCGCGGCGGCGUGCGAGGGCCGCUGCGGGCCCGACGACGUCUCGGAUCUCGCCGAUUACGUAUUUGACACCGGUGACGCCGCCGACGCGCUCGUACGCAAUUCCAGUCUGAUGCCGCGACUCUUGAAUAUAUUGCGUCCAGCACCAGCACUGGACGCCGCGCUUGACGGCAUCCCGCGGUGGUUGCAUAGACGAGAUGCGCAGGACGUGGUCCAGGUCUACGUGGGUCCCACGGGCGCCGGCGCGCCGUUUCAUUAUCACGAAAACGCUUUGAACGCCUUGCUCCACGGCCGCAAGCGCUGGUGGCUCAAGGAGCCGAGCGAGGCCGUCUAUUCGGUGCGCCACCCGCGCGCCUGGUGCCGCCGCGGUGUCGAAGUUGCCUUCACGUUGGAAUGUUGCGUACAUUACCACCAGCACGCCAUCGACGCGACGCGUAAUCGAUCGGUUGCGACGCAGGACGGACGACGCUACGGACGCCUGCACCUUCGUGCAAGAAGCGGGCGACGUCGUCCUAGUGCCGGCGAACUGGGCCCACGCCAUCCUCAACGAGGCGCCGGUCGUCGGCGCGGCCUUCGAGCACCUCGACGCCUACCUGAUCGCCUCGAACAGCCGGCGCGUCUUCGCCUGAGAUGUUGCUGUGUGAACCUCGAUGGCGGCGGCGCCCGCCUGGAGCUAUGUUAAAUAACUACUUACUG